GACUUGGAGGCCCAAAGUGUUUAACACAAAAACAUCAGUCUGGUCUUUAUGAUUGUAAUAAAUGAGAUCAAGUAGUGAAACAUGUCAAACAGCAUUUAAGAUACAGGAAGAAACUAAAGGAAAAAAACUGAGGUUUUUUUGUGUUUGUUUGUUUGUUUGUUUGUUUGUUUGUUUGUUUGUUUGUUUAUUUAUUUAUUUAUUUAUUUAUUUAUUUAUUUAUUUAUUUAUUUAUUUCGAGUAUGCUCGUGAACGACACUUUAGCCUCCGGUACAGCAGGGGGCGACAACGCUCUCAUACUGCCAGAUAACACCAGCCUAUAACCAGAAGAAGAAGAAGAGCGCUAGGGGACAACCAAUCACAGAAGAAGAAAGUUGAAGUCGAAGGAGGGAAUUUCAAUAACAGAAAGCUCGGUAACGUUUAAUUUUAGCCGAUAUUAUUGAACUACACGCGUUUUUAACUGUUUGACUUGAAAUAAACUCCGUGUUUUUAUGUUUUAAAUUUCACAUAUGUAAAUUCACGAGACAUUAAACGCUAAAGAAAACCGGAAAGUGUUGCUAGCUAACUCAUCACAGAGAGGACACAGUUAUUUAAACGAAUUUUACUUCAUUUUUUCGCUGGUUUACUGAAAUGAAAUGUUUCUUAUAUUAUGAUAAUUAAGCAAGAUGAGAUUUUAGCGGCUUUUUAAUAGUAGUCUUACGUGCUUAUCAAGAAAUACCGGCGGAUGAGUGCAGACGAUUCCAGGAGAGGUUCAUCCAGGGGUGGAGGCAGAGGAUGGAGAGGAGGGGGUGGUGGAUGGAGAGGCAGCAAAGGUGGCUGGAGAGGAGGAGGAGGAGGAGGAGGAGGAACUGGUGGUGGAUGGAGAGGAGGAGGCUGGAAGAACAGACCAUGGAGAGGAGGAUCCACAGGGGGUGGAAGAGGCUCUGGAGGCACUUGGAGAGGGGGUGUUGGUGGCGGAGGAUCAUCAAGUCCGACAUAUAGUUCUCAGAGAGUCCCUUUUCAGACCACUCUGGAUGCCUUAUGUCCGUACAAAGGCUGGACGCUCUACUUCACUGAAGGAUUCAUCCAGAGCUCCCCCAGUGUGGAAAAGGUCAAAGUGUUUGAGAAAUAUUUCACCUCCAGGAUUCACCUUUUUGACAAAGAUGAGAUCGAGCGGCAGGGCAGCGUGCUGGUGGACUAUGCGGACCUGACCGGAGACAGAAGUGUGAGUCAGGCGCUUCCCGAUGUGGUCACGGCGCUGAAGGAACAGCCAGAGGUGAUGCUCAGCUGUCUGGGCUUGGCCAUUCAUCAGGUGUUGACAACAGACUUGGAGAAACAAGCUGCUGAGCUGCAAGAGGAAGAACUUCCUGUUUCUGCACCAAUCAUCAAUAUUCCUCAUAUCAGUGCGAGGCUGUAUAACUACGAGCCCCUGACGCCACUGCGCACGCUGCGGGCCAGUGUGUUCGGGCGGCUGGUCUGCGUGAAGGGAACGGUGGUCAGAGUCAGCAACAUCAGGCCGCUGUGCACCAGGAUGGCGUUCAGGUGCCAGACGUGCAGCAGCACCAUGUCUCUGCCGCUGCAGCAUGGAAAAUAUGCCACGCCCACCAAGUGUAUCCAGCCUGGCUGUCGCAGUCGCACAUUCACCCCCCUCCGCAGCUCUGCUCUCACGCUCACUGUGGACUGGCAGAUCAUCAAGGUGCAGGAGAUGAUGAGCGGAGAACAGAGGGAAACUGGUCGUAUCCCGCGCACUGUUGAGUGUCACCUGACCUCCGACCUCUGCGACAGCUGCGUCCCUGGAGACACGGUCAUCGUGACGGGGAUUGUGCGAGUUAACAAUGACGGUUCAGGCAGCUCCAGAGGAAACAAGGACCAGUGCAUGUUUCUCCUCUACAUUGAUGCUACUUCAGUCAGCAACACCAAAGGUCAGUUGUCAAAGUCUGCGGCUGAAGAGUCUAGCGGGUCACUGGAAGGUCGCUCAGGAGGAGAGGAGUUCAGUCUGAAGGAGCUGUACGCCGUCCAGGAGAUCCAGUCACAGCCAGACUUAUUGAGACUUAUUGUACACUCUCUGUGUCCUGCUAUUUACGGCCAUCUGCUGGUGAAAGCGGCCCUCGCUCUGGCGUUAUUUGGAGGCAGACAGAAGCUCACGGGCAAGAACAGCGUCCCCGUGAGAGGAGACCCUCACAUCCUGAUCGUGGGAGACCCUGGGCUGGGGAAGAGCCAGAUGUUACAGGCUGUGUGCAAUGUUGCUCCAAGGGGAAUUUAUGUAUGUGGUAACAGUACCAGCACCACAGGUCUAACAGUGAGUUUGUCCAGAGAUGCAGGAUCAGGAGAUUAUGCGCUGGAGGCUGGCGCCUUAGUGCUGGCUGAUCAAGGUCUGUGUUGCAUCGAUGAAUUCGAUAAGUUGGGGAGCCAGCAGCAAGCUCUGCUAGAGGCCAUGGAGCAACAGUCUGUGAGUCUGGCUAAAGCCGGGAUCGUUUCCUCUCUUCCUGCCAGAACAUCAGUGGUAGCUGCUGCUAACCCCGUUGGAGGACACUACAACAGAGGGAAGACGGUCUCGGAAAACUUGAAGAUGGGCUCUGCUCUCCUCUCCCGCUUCGAUGUGGUGUUCCUCCUCCUAGACAUCCCAGAUGAGUCACAUGACCGCUGUCUGUCAGAGCACGUCAUGGCAAAUAGAACUGGAAAGGGCAGAACCAGUGGUGCUGUGGUCACCAGGAGCAACGGGGAGUCAGAGACCUCCAUCCUGCUGCAGCACUCAGACAUGCCGCUGUCUGAACGACUGCAGGUCCCUGCAGGUCAGUCUCUGGACCUGAUUCCCGCCUCCUUGUUAAGGAAGUACAUCAGCUACGCUCGUCAGUAUGUCCAUCCCACUCUGUCCCCUGAAGCGGCACAAACCCUCCAGGAUUUCUAUCUGUCCCUGAGAUCUCAGGCCAGCUCUGCUGAUUCCACACCCAUCACUACCCGACAGCUGGAGUCUUUAAUCCGUCUGACUGAGGCGAGGGCAAAACUAGAGCUCAGAGAAACAGCUACAAAGAGCGAUGCAGAGGAUGUGGUGGAAAUCAUGAAGCACAGUCUGGCUGACACGUACUCUGACGGUCUGGGAAACCUGGACUUUGAGCGCUCUCAGCUCGGCUCCGGCAUGAGCCAACGCAGUGCAGCAAAGCGACUGGUCAACGCCCUGCAUUCACACGCUCAGAGGACCAGCCAGAAGCAGUUUGACCUGCAGACACUUCGAUCCAUGGCAGAUAAACUCAACAUCAAGGUGGCAGAUUUUCAAGGUCUCUUAAGUUCCCUGAAUGAGCAGGGUUUUCUGCUGAAGAAAGGACCCAAGCUGUAUCAGCUGCAAACCAUCUGAGCCAGGAAAGAGUAGCAAAGUCAAUGUUUGGGAUGAACUCUACAUUUAUUUACUUAUUUUGAAAAUGUUAAACAUUUUCAUUCUUUUGCCAUAAGCUGGUAAUGCCAGAACUGUAACAUAAAACAAAGAUGAUGCAGAUCAACACUUUUUGUUAAGUAUUAACCUGUUAACAUCAGUUACAUUAAAAAGGAAGUUUCACUAAAAUUCUGAUUUUUAAACAAACUGACAUUGUUGUUUUACUUCAGGGUUUGUUCUUGUUAUUCAGAACAUUUUCUGUGCCCUAAUAAUUAAUUUAAAGAUGAUCCAGUCUCGCUUAUUUAAUGUAAGAUAAGUGAAUUUGCAUUGGGACAUAGUACUUUUGAAAAACAAUGUUAUGUACUGUACAUAUAAUUUUGUAAAGAUAUUUCGUGUAUUUUCAUUUUACAAAUGUAAUGCUUGUUUUGGCAAUAAUGUAGAUUAUUAAAACACAUUUACUUGAAAUGCUACC